AUGGCAACAGGCCAAGAUACAUCCCUGGAGGAGAUCCUCUGGCGGUCUCCUCCGCACGUCCAGAUGAUGGGAGGCUUUUUACAUUCAAACAACAUUCUCUUCUACUUCGCCGAAUCCCCUUUCUUCGACGCAACCUCCAACAACGCCUCCCUCGCCAUCCAAGCCAACUACAAUGAAACCUUCCGCCAUUUCGUCGAGACCCGCGAAGCUUUCGAGGGCCGAUUAAGUACAAUGCAAGGACUAGAAUUUGUGGUAGCAUACGACCCGUUGCAAGCAGCGGCGCAGUCAGAGACGAGCUUUACGCACGAACCGUCGAAUAUCUGGGUAAUUCGGAAACAGGCGAGGCGGAAGCGCGGUGGGUUGGAUGAUGAUGUUGUGGUGUUGUCGACGUUUUUCGUGGUGGGGGAUUGCAUUUAUAUGGCGCCGUCUGUGGCGAGUGUUAUUGGGAACCGAAUUCUUUCGGCUGUUACGUCUUUGACGAGUUUGUUGAAGACGGCGUCUACACUUCCGAGCUUUACUCCGUCUUACGGACAUACCUAUAUGCCACCUACGAUCAAAUCGAGCGAGUCGAGUCAACCGGGGAUACAAUCUCAGACAAGCAAAGAAGACAGCACGCCCAUGCCCGAGGGAGAAUCCCAAGGCAAGACAUCAUUACAAGGAACGACUACUAGCAACAUCGGCUCGACGGUACAGGAUACAAGGACGUUGGCAGAGUCAUUCAAUCUUCUCUCGCGGUAUGGAGACGAAUUCAUGGACGAGAGCCCGUUAGUUGGAGAGCCGGGAUCUUUCAUAUUGUCACGGUCAGGAGAUGUGGAUAGAACGAAGCAAGGACUACAACCACCGACAGCAACGACCGGCACCGCCACAAAUGCUCCUACGAGAGUUGGGACGCCGCAAGUCAGGAUUGAGACGCCUGGCAAGUCGGAUAAAGGCGGCAGCACACCUAUUGCUGACGAGAAGCUGCGGAAGAAGAAAAGUAAGAUUGGAGUUUGA